AUGUCGAAGCGCUCCUCAUAUAAUCGAUCCGAACUCGGACGUCCCUCCACUAAACGUGCCAAACAAAUCGAUGAGGACCGACCAUUUGACAAUCUCAUUAAACUGCUCGAGGAGCAAGAAGAGAAGAAAGAAGUCACAAAGGUGGUCCACUGGUUCCGCCCCAAAGAUCUCCGCAUUCACGACAACACUGGUCUACACCAUGCCUCGCAUCUCUCUCAAAGUUCCAAGAGACCACUGGUAUGCAUCUAUCUUCAUUGCCCUGCAGAGGAGAGCUGGCAUGGUACAAGCCCAGCCCGCAUGGAUUUUAUGCUCGAAGGCCUGAAAUUAAUGCAAGAGGAACUCAAGGCGCUGCACAUUCCCCUUGUAUUCUUAGAGUCGCAAGAGCGGAAUGGUCACUUUCCCACGGUUGCCAGAUUUCUGAAAGAGAACCACGUAUCGCACGUAUUCGCCAAUUUCGAGUAUGAGGUCGAUGAGAUCCGCCGGGACAUUGGGCUAGUUCAAGAAGUCGGCAGUGACGUGCAAGUCUCCAUCUAUCACGAUCAAACCGUAGUUGAGCCUGGCUCUAUGCUCACCGGUAGCGGUAAACCGAUGAAGGUCUUCACACCCUAUCAUCGAGCUUGGCUUGAUAGAGUAAAAGAAGAACCGAGUCUGCUCGAUACUCAGCCUGCACCAGCGAAGAAUGACGCCUCGGCUGCCAAAGAGCUCAAAUAUCUUUUUGGUUCCAAGUUACCGAAUGUUGCGAAAGAUAAGCAGUUCGCUUCGAACGAUGACAAAAAGCGCAUCCGUAAAUUAUGGCCAGCAGGUCAUGCAGCAGGCAUGGAACGCAUGGAUUCUUUUCUAUCACAGAUCGACAACUAUGCGGCUACUCGCUCGAAUCCGGCCGAAGAUAGCACCUCGCGAAUGUCAGCUUAUUUCUCCGCAGGUAUGGUGUCUGUGCGGGAAGCAUUAUCUAAGGUCCGCGAGUACAAUGAAGGCAGUUCCGACUUCACCGAAGGCGGUUCGAGCCAUGGGGUGUACUCUUGGGUGCGCGAAAUCGUAUUUCGAGAAUUGUAUCGCCAGACACUGAUGACAACACCGCACACGGGAAUGAAUCUUCCGCAAAACCUCAAAUUCGAUUUCGUGAAGUGGGAAGAUGACGAAGAAGGGUGGGAGAAGUGGUACAAGGGCAUGACUGGCGAACCUUUUAUCGAUGCUGGAAUGCGACAGUUGAACACGGAGGCAUAUAUGCAUAAUAGAUUGCGUAUGAAUGUCUCUAGCUAUUUAUACUGCAACCUUCUUCUCGAUUACCGACGAGGAGAGCGGUAUUUCGCGGAGACGCUGAUUGACUGGGACCUGUCCAACAAUACUCAGGGCUGGGAGCCCAGCUACACUGUUUUCAAUCCUGUAUCACAGUCAGAGAAGAAUGAUCCUAGUGGUAGCUACAUAAGGAAAUGGGUACCAGAGCUAAAGGAUGUCCAGGGCAAAGCGAUCUUUGCGCCCUACAAUCGGCUCAGCAAAGAAGAAUUUGAGAAGCUGGGCUAUCCAAAACCGCAUGUCGACUGGAAGGAGACAAAGCAGCGAGCUAUUGAACGAUUCAAGUCCAACAUGCGCGAUGUGACGCCUUGA